AAAAUAAGCUAAAAUCAAAUACAAGCCCUAGAACUACUCCGCCCCUGCCUCCCAUCCUUUUGUUCAGCAGUUCUCAACGGACUUCGUGGCCGCCGCCACCGUCUGGCGAGUCCGUCGCUGUCCGUCGAGUCCGCCGCCGAAGGUCUCCAGAGAGUCUCUGCCAUCUGGAAGAACAAUCGCAAGCCUCCAGCAAGUCCGCCGCCUCCAAGGAUCCGCCGCCGUCAUCUGCCGCCACCUCCUCUGGCAAGUGUUUAUCUGGUGGAGUCGACAGAGCAUUAUCAGCAGCUCCUUCCUUCUUUUUCAGAUACUAAACGACAGCCGGUCGAUAAUCUGGGGCGAGGUGCUAACUGCUAAAUGAACCGUACGCCGCCGUAAUUCUCAACAAAAGUAAAAAAGACGCCGCCGGGAAAACAAGAAUGCCCGGUCCGGGUCCGCACAUGAUAUACGCACUCGGAUCUGGGCUGGCCUUGAUGAGCACAUCUAACGGCCACUUCAGCCCUCACCACUGCCUUACCUACUCCAUCAAUGCUUUCUUCGGGCCGGACAUUGGUUCCUUCUGCGAGUGGUUAUCGUCUACUCUCGGGCUCGGCGGGGAUUUGGGCUCAUCAAUUGAGCCAUGGAUCCACGACCCUUUCUGCUAUUUCCUCAUUCUGGGCUUCCCACUUUCUCUGCUCUACAGCUGGGCCUCCAAGUUUCUCCUCCGCAAAGGGUUCCUUGAUUCCAUUUCUGGGGUCUGCCUUAAAGCUCUCAAAAAAAAAUUGUUCCUCUUACAAAGAUGCAGUGUUUGUUGUUGGUGGCUGCUGGUUCUUUAUCACAUUUCUUCUUGGACCAUUUGUUUGAGGAAAAUGGGCAUUCAUCCAUGUAUGCUUGGAUAUUGAGCACAGGUUGGUGGAAAGGACGAGCUCCCAUCAAUCCGGAUGCUGUUGUUAUAAUUAGCCUUCUGUGCAUAUUAUUGAUCGGAGGCUUUGUGUAUAUUAACAGGGUGAGCCCCUCAAAACGGAUUAAGAAACAGUGCUAUCAGUCGGCGAGACUCAUCCUGGCAAUUGCUAGCUUGUACUGCUUAUGGUGUGGAAGCCAAAUUUACGUGAUGAACCCUCGGCGGCCUGCAGUCGGUGAAGAAGCUGAUUUAGGGGUUCUUGUGUUUCUUGGCGUUUAUUUUUUCCUUCCUCAGUGGCUGUGCAUUCUCUCUAUGAAUUCAAGGAAUUCCCAGGGUGCGGAAAUGCUGCCGCUUUAAACUAGAUGACCAUACUAACAAGUACUCUCUCUAAGCUCUAAGCGCAGCCUGGUUCUUUCUGCACUAGUUUUGUAUAUCACUAGCUUGUUGAAAGCAAAUGGCAACUCUGAGGCAUUAAGCUUAUGUACAAAGUGUACACUUGUUCUUUUGUGUCCAAUAAAGAGGGACACUCUUCUUUUAAUACUACUGGUUGUGUACCAUUGUGCCUAUGAGAGCAUUAAUUGUCAUUUGUCAUUACUUAAAUGGCUGAGGGGAAGUCGUAAUGGAGUAUAUUAUUACCAAGAUUUGUCACACACAGAGAGAUACAAUCAUACAGUCAAAUAGAUGAUGGGAUGGCGUAAAUGGCUAAAUGCUACAGACUUAGC